AUGGGUAACCAGCAGUCCAGCAACAAAAAGGACAAAGGCGACAAGGGUAGCACCGAUGGCGUACCGCUCGGCCGCGAGUACUACCGCUCCAUGGAAAGAUCCGACACCAAAGAAUCGACACGCUCGCUGCGCAAUUCGAUCAAAUCAAAGAUCCCAGGCACAAAGACCGACAGCCCGCGCAAUUCCGUCGCCAACAUCAGCGACGUCAACGGCAAACCAGAUAAAUCCGAUGCAGCUUCCACCAAAUCCGACAAGAGUCGUGGAACCAGAGGAUCGCGACGAGGCUCGACUGCCUCAACGGUGUUAGACGCUGGUGCUGAGCCAGCAGAGAAACUUGACUCGCCAUCAGACGAGCCGCAACCCCCGCCCUCGCCUGUACACGGUGCAACACUCGGAACAACAGGGCAUGAAGGAGUUAGCAAGGCUCAGCGGAGUGGCGAGGUCGACUACGUCUCAGAUGUACCGCCAACGGGAGUCCCACCUCCACUAGCCUCUGCUCAACCGGGCGAGUCCAUCUUGCAGAAAAAAGGCCAGCCGAUACCCAGACUUCCCGAGCCCCCAGCCCCGACUGAUGGGUCAGGUUCGCCCAUGGAAAUCAGCGCGCUAAAGACCAUGGAUCUCGACGACAUGAUCCAACGAUUGCUAGAUGCAGCCUACGCCGGCAAAGUCACCAAGACGGUCAGCCUGAAGAACGCCGAGAUCUUCGCGAUUUGCUCGGCAGCACGCGAGGUCUUCCUGAGCCAACCUGCGCUGCUGGAGCUCUCACCCCCGGUGAAGAUUGUGGGCGAUAUCCACGGACAGUAUACUGACUUGAUCCGCAUGUUCGAAAUGUGCGGGUUCCCUCCAAACUCCAACUACUUGUUCCUCGGCGAUUACGUCGACCGCGGCAAGCAGAGCUUAGAAACAAUCCUCUUACUACUUUGUUACAAGCUAAAGUUUCCCGAAAACUUCUUCCUCCUACGCGGCAACCACGAGUGCGCCAACGUUACACGUGUAUACGGCUUCUACGACGAGUGCAAGAGAAGAUGUAAUAUCAAGGUCUGGAAGGCCUUUGUGGACACAUUCAAUACCCUGCCUAUUGCGGCUAUCGUAGCACAAAAGAUCUUCUGUGUACACGGUGGGCUUUCUCCAAGCUUGUCCCACAUGGAUGACAUAAGGCAGAUUGCACGACCUACAGAUGUUCCGGACUACGGCCUGCUUAAUGAUCUCCUAUGGAGCGAUCCGGCAGAUAUGGAGAACGAUUGGGAAUCCAAUGAGCGGGGUGUCAGUUAUUGUUUUGGAAAGAAGGUCAUCAUGGAAUUUCUGCAAAGGCAUGACUUUGAUCUUGUCUGCCGAGCACACAUGGUGGUGGAAGAUGGCUAUGAGUUCUUCACCGAUAGGGUCCUAGUCACCGUGUUCUCAGCACCAAAUUAUUGCGGCGAAUUCGACAAUUGGGGAGCCGUCAUGUCCGUCUCGGGAGAGUUGCUCUGUAGUUUUGAGCUCCUCAAGCCCCUCGACUCCAGUGCGCUCAAAAGUCACAUCAAGAAGAGCAGAAACAAGCGCCAGAGCAUGCUCAACUCACCAGGUGGCGAUAGUAAUGCGUCCGCUGGAUCUCCGAUUAUCGCGAAGAGCGCAACACUGCCACAGGACCAAGAACACUUUGGCUUGGAAGAUAGAUACAAGACGGCGGAUGAGCCUGACAAGCGGCGUCUCUCUCAAAGGCUUCGACGAGUGCGGAAGAGGCCUGGAUUGGAACAACUUGGCGCUCAAGGCGAUGGUGUGGCGACGCCUCCACCCAAGAAGAUUGGCCACGUUAGGGCGAAUACAUUGAGUGAGCCCUGGAGUUCUGCUGGUACUAUUAGCACAACAUCGUUUCUGCAGAGUAUACAGCAGCUUGACUUGGAAAACGAGGAGCGACGCCAGCGGAAUUUGGACGAACAACGAGCUAUGUGGGAGUCCACGUUGCCCAGAACGCUUGCGGAUCAUAUCGGCUUCUUCUCAUCCGAUCAUGCUCUUGACUGUGUCUACCCUGAAGGGAUGCCAUAG